AUGGAGACGGAGAAGGAGAGGCUGCUGAUGAGUGCCCCGGCAGGCUCCGCUCUCGUGCUCAAGCCCAGGCCUGCUGAGCUGGCGCCCUGCGCACUCACGCCGGCUAAUGCAGCCAACCCUAGCUUCCGCCAGCUUCUUCCUUUUCCUUUCAAGUUUUUCUCAGGCCCGCUUGACCCUUACUGGCCGAUCGGGAGCGACGCAAAUGAUCCAUUUGGCCGCCAGGCAGCCCAUUCGAUGCAGCUCCCCGAUGGAUGA